GAUCUCCAGACGGUCUUCAUCAGGGAUGGGCUGAGUGCUCUCCAGCGCCCCCCCCCCAGGCAGAGCAGUGUUCUGCAGCAUCUGUGUGUGUGUGUGUGUGUGUGUGUGUGUGUGUGUGAGAUCUGCAGAUGGAUGCGUCCGGCUCCUCCAACAGCUCCAGUUCUCCUCUCUGCAGCUCCUACCAGAGCAAUGCGGUUCUGCAGCGCCACUACAACUACACCGGGAAGCUGGAGCGUGGCCGGUACCGAGAUGGCCUGCAGCCCGAGGCUGUGGCGCUGCUGUGCGUCUGCCUACUGAUCAUCGCUGAGAACCUGACGGUCCUGCUGGCCCUCCGCAGGAACAGGAGGUUCCACAUGCCCAUGUUCUACCUGCUGGGCAACCUGGCGCUAUCGGACCUGCUGGCUGGCGUGGCCUACAUGCUGAACGUGGUGCUGUCGGGCCGGAACACUCUCCGCCUGACGCCGGCGCUGUGGUUCCUGCGGGAGGCCGGUGUGUUGGUGACGCUGGCGGCAUCGGUGCUGUGUCUGCUGGCCAUCGCAGUGGAGCGCGCCUGCACCAUGCGGAGCUCCAGGCCGCAGCAGAGCUCCAGGCGCCGCCGCCGCAUGCGGGCGCUGAUCGGGCUGAGCUGGGCGCUGGCGGUGCUGCUGGGGGCGCUGCCGGUGCUGGGCUGGAACUGCCUGCAGGAGCUGCGCUGGUGCUCCACCGUCCUGCCGCUGUUCGCCAAGAGCUACGUGCUGUUCUGCGUGUCGGUGCUCAGCGGCGUCCUGCUGGCCAUCGUGCUGCUGUACACACGCAUCUUCCUGUUGGUCAGGGCGCACACGCACGCACACACACACACGCAGCGGUCCCGCAAACACAUGGCGCUGCUGCGGACGGUGGCGCUGGUGCUGGGCGCCUUCAUCCUGUGCUGGACGCCGCUGUUCGCGCUGCUGCUGCUGGAUGUCUCCUGCCCCGCCAGAGCCUGUCCAAUCCUCUUCAAGGCCGACUACUUCCUGGGCGUGGCCAUGCUGAACUCGCUGCUGAACCCCGUGAUCUACACGCUGAGCAGCAGAGACGUGCGCAGCGCCGUGCUGAAGCUGCUGUGCUGCCGCUGCACACCGGACACACACCGCCACGGCCUGCAGAACACACUCUCAUCCGCCAACGCCACGUCCAUACACAAGUCCAUCUACCCCAAACUGCGGCUGUCCGUCAUCACCUGACUCUGAGACACACACACACACACACACACACACACACUCACACACACACACACACCUGCAGAUCUCUAUCAGCAGAUGUGUGUUUCAGACUGAGUGUGAUGAGCUUCAGAGAGAGCAGAUGUCCUGGCUGUGGUGCUGUCUCUGCUCUGGCUCCACAGCGCUCAGCAGCAGAACUGAGGGUCAGCGCAGCUGGAUGAGCUCGUGAUGGACUGAGCAGACUGCGGGGUCUGCGGG